CAUGGGCAGGGAGAGACAAAAAAAGGUAUACAAUAAGGAAAUGGCAUCUAUUUUGGAUGGAAAAGUUAUUUCGGCUGAGAUCCGUAAGGAUAUUACCCAGAUAAUAGAAACACAUCGAAAAGAUGUUCCUAACUUUACACCAGGAUUGGCUAUUGUACAGGUCGGCAAUAGAGAAGAUUCUAAUGUAUACAUUCGAAUGAAGGAGAGAGCUGCAAAAGAAUAUGUUUUGUACUUAAAACAGCUUGAAAACGUAAUUAGUACCCUAAAUAAUGACGAAAAAAUCAACGGAAUAAUUGUUCAAUUACCUUUGGAUUGUGAACACGAGAUAAAUAGCGAGUUUAUUUUGAAUAGAAUCGACCCUCGGAAGGAUGUUGAUGGCCUUCAUACAUUAAAUGCUGGUAAACUUGCUAGAGGCGAUAUUGAAAACUGUGUUGUCCCAUGUACACCUAGGGGUUCCUUGGAACUUAUAUUAAAAACUGGAAUAGAGUUAAAAGGGAAAAAAGCAGUUGUUUUAGGCAGAAGUAGAAUUGUUGGUGGUCCUAUGUCAGCUCUUCUCACUUGGAAUCAUUGUACGGUUACAACAUGUCAUUCGAGAACACAAAAUCUAGAGGAAUGCGUUAAAGAUGCUGAUAUUCUUGUUGUAGCCAUUGGUAGGCCUGAAAUGGUAAAAGGAGAAUGGGUCAAAGAAGGUUCAAUUGUUAUUGACUGCGGCAUUAAUUCAAUCCCAGAUUCUACAAAGAAAUCAGGUCAGAGAUUAGUUGGCGAUGUCGAAUUUCAAGCGGCAAGCAAAAGAGCUGCCUGGAUAACACCUGUUCCUGGAGGGGUUGGCCCAAUGACUGUCGCAAUGCUUUUAAAAAAUACACUUGAUGCUGCUCUUAGAAACUUUCACGAGUCUAAGCAACUAUCCAAUUGGAAUUUGAGAAUUCUUCCAUUGACACUAAAAGAUCCUGUUCCAUCAGACAUUGCAAUUGCUCAAGCUCAAACUCCUAAAGACAUCGCAACGUUAGCUUCGGAGAUCAACUUGAAAUCGUCUGAGGUUGAUUUAUAUGGAAAGAAAAAAGCCAAGGUUUCCGUUAAGGUCCUAAAUCGGUUAAAGGAUUGCGAUAGUGGAAAAUAUGUUGUAGUUUGCGGAAUAACGCCAACACCGUUGGGUGAAGGUAAAAGUACAACCACAAUUGGUCUUGCUCAAGCUUUAGGAGCUCAUAGUAAAAAGAAUGUUUUUGCCUGCGUUCGACAACCAUCGCAAGGACCUACAUUUGGUAUUAAAGGUGGAGCAGCUGGUGGUGGUUAUUCGCAAGUUAUUCCCAUGGAAGAAUUUAAUUUACACUUAACUGGUGAUAUUCAUGCAAUAACUGCAGCAAAUAACCUUCUGGCUGCCGCAAUUGAUGCUAGAAUUUUUCACGAAGCCACUCAAACUAAUGAACAGCUCUUUAAAAGACUUGUACCUGAAAAGAAAGGCGCUCGAAAAUUUUCCGAUAUCCAACUAAAACGGUUAAAGAAACUUGGGAUUGAAAAAACUGAUGGUAAUGAUUUAACAUCGGAAGAGAUAGCACGAUUUGUAAGAUUAGAUAUCGAUAUUGAGACAAUUACAUGGCAGAGAGUUAUCGAUACAAAUGACAGAUUUCUUAGAAAAAUUACUGUUGGACAAUCAGAUACUGAGAAGGGGAAGACAAGAACUUGUCAGUUUGAUAUCACUGUUGCGAGUGAAAUAAUGGCUGUACUUGCUUUGAGUACAAGUUUAGCUGAUAUGAGAGAAAGGCUUGGACGCAUGGUUAUAGCCAGUAAUACGGCCGGUGAACCAAUUACUGCCGAGGAUCUAGGAGUGAGCGGUGCAUUAGCUGUUUUAAUGAAGGACGCAAUCAAUCCAAAUCUAAUGCAAACUUUAGAAGGUACUCCAGUCUUUGUUCAUGCUGGUCCAUUUGCUAAUAUUGCUCAUGGAAAUUCAUCAAUUCUUGCUGAUCAAAUUGCUCUGAAAAUUGUUGGCAAAGAUGGAUUUGUUGUAACUGAGAGUGGAUUCGGAGCCGAUAUUGGAAUGGAAAAAUUUAUGAAUAUUAAAUGCAGAUACUCUGGCUUAAAACCAAACGCAGCUGUACUUGUAGCGACUGUCAGAGCGUUGAAAAUGCACGGUGGAGGUCCCACUGUUGUACCAGGAGUACCAUUACCAAAUGAAUAUACAGCUGAAAAUAUAGAUUUAGUAACCAAAGGUUUCUCAAAUUUGAGGAAACAAAUCGAAAAUGUUUCAUUUUUUGGCGUCCCAGUAGUCGUUGCAAUUAAUUCCUUCUCCACCGAUACUGAAAACGAAUUAGAAACUGUUCAACGAUUAUGUAAAGAAGCAGGAGCAUUUGACGCCGUAAUUUGCCAUCAUUGGAGUAAAGGAGGAGCUGGUGCGGUCGGUUUAGCAGAUGCGGUUGAUAGAGCAUGUUCAUCUCCGUCAAAUUUUGAAUUUCUCUACGAUUUAAAUCUGCCUUUAGAGGACAAAAUUGGGAUUAUUGCUAAGAAAAUAUACGGAGCAGAUGGGGUUACAUUUAGUGAAAUGGCAACUGAACGUUUAAACAGAUACAAGAAGCAGGGUUUUAAUAAUCUACCGAUUUGCAUGGCCAAAACUCAUUUAUCCCUUUCCGAUAACCCACAAUUAAAAGGAUCACCAAAAGGUUUUACACUUCCAAUAUCAGAUGUUAGAGCAAGUGUUGGAGCUGGUUUUAUAUAUCCAUUAGUAGGAAAGAUGAGUACUAUGCCUGGACUACCAACAAGACCUUGUUUCUAUGACAUCGACAUUGACUUGGAAACGGAAGACAUUAAAGGACUAUUUUGA